AUGGCCACCUGGGUGCUCCUCCUGGGUGUUCUCCUCCUUCUUCCCCCACCUGUCCCGGCCCCCUGCCACACUGCUACACGCUCUAAGUGCCAAAAGAUUCGCCACUUUGUACCUGGUGUGGAGUUGGCUGGAGAAGGUGUGGAUGUGACCACCCUUCGGCGUUCGGGCUACUUCCUCGUGGACAGGAAGCAUUUCCUGAGGCCUGACGGCACCUGCACCCUCUGCAGUAGCGCCCAGAAGCCAGACACUCUCUGGCUCCUGCCCGUAGCCUUCACUGACUGGCGUGCCCAGGGUGCAGGCUGCCGGCACCAAGUGACGAAGACCAACAUCAUCUCCACUGAGGACAUGGCCAAGGAAGUAGCCAAAAGCAUCACCAACGACUGGAAAAUUGGACUGGAUGUAACUCCCAAGCCAACCAUCAAUGUGAAGGUGACACUGGCUGGCUCCCAUUCAAAGGCAGCCAAUUUUGCAGCAGAGAAGACUCACAAAGACCGAUAUGUCUUCAGCAGGGAUCUGGUGGAGUGUCGCUUCUACAGCUUUCGCAUGGUGCACACUCCCCCACUGCACCCUGACUUCAAGCGGGCCAUCAAGGACUUACCUCCUUAUUUCAACACUUCCACUGAGCCCAACUACCUCAGGCUCAUCUCCAACUAUGGCACCCACUUCACCCGGGCUGUGAAUCUCGGGGGCCAGGUCUCAGCCAUCACGGCUCUGCGUACCUGCAAGCUGGCCCUGAAAGGGCUCACUACCAAUGAAGUGAGUGACUGCCUGGAGGUCGAGGCAGCCCUGAGCAUAGGUGGCAUAAACAGAAAUUCUGCAUCAGCCAAGGUCUGUGAUAAAAUGAAAGAGAAGCAUGAUAUGAACUCCUCUUUCCACCAAAUCUACAGUGAGCGCUAUUCUGAAGUAUUUGGGGGUCAUCAUACCUCUAUAUCUGACCUGUUGUUUGGGGCAAACACUGGGCCUGAGCAGUUUUCUACCUGGAUAGCUUCACUACAGGACAGUCCUGGCCUGGUAGACUACAGCCUGGAGCCUCUCCACGUGCUUUUGGAGAGUAAAGACCCCCGUAGGGAAGCCUUGAGACAGGCCGUGAGCAAGUAUCUUAACAACAGGGCAAGAUGGAAGGACUGCAACCGACCCUGCCCCCAGGGACAAUGGAAGAACCCCCAUGACCCAUGUCAGUGUGUGUGCCCAGGCUCAGGGAGCACCAACCAGGACUGCUGUCCCCGGGAGAGGGGCCUGGCCCAGCUGAAGGUGAUGAACUUCCAGGCAACAGGCUUGUGGGGAGACAUUAUCACUGCCACAGAUGCCUACCUCAAGGUCUUCUUUGGUAGAAAGGAGCAGAGAACAAACACCAUCUGGAAUGAUGAUAACCCUGCAUGGAUGAUAGAGCUGGAUUUUGGGGAUGUGUGCCUCUCCACCACAGAGUACCUGAAGGUAGAGGUUUGGGAUGAGAAUACUAUCUUGAAGGAUAAACAACUUGGCACCUGUGACCUGUCUCCACACUCGGGCACACACCAAGUGAACUGCAAGCUGUCCCACGGUCAGCUGAGAUUCCAAUAUCAUGCCAAGUGUUUGCCCCACUUGAUGGGGGAUACCUGCCAGGAGUACGCCUCUCAAGGGCUUCUGGGGGAGCCACCAGGAAACCGAAGUGGGGCAGUGUGGUGA